UGCCUGUCGCCUGGUCUUUGGGACAGCUUCUCACACAUCAUCUCUAUAGCUUCACCAACUGGAAAACUAACUCACCUGCAAUCUUGCCAACCAAAUAACCCCCAACAUUUUGACUACUGCCAACUGACAUGGAGACCCAGCAAAGACACGGACACCAAUCACUUUGCCACACCUGCCGGAGAACGGAGAGCAGCAGAAUGAAGGUCAAGAAGAUGUCUUCGUCCAGUCGCGCGCUGCUGUUUGCACUGGCCCUCACGCUCUACGUUGUGGAAAUAGCCUCGGCGGAGACGCUGUGUGGGGGAGAGCUGGUGGAUGCGCUGCAGUUUGUCUGUGAAGACAGAGGCUUCUAUUUCAGUAGGCCAACCAGCAGGGGGAACAACCGGCGCAGCCAGAACCGUGGGAUCGUAGAGGAGUGUUGUUUCCGUAGUUGUGACCUCAACCUGCUGGAGCAGUACUGUGCCAAACCCGCCAAGUCCGAAAGGGACGUGUCGGCCACCUCUCUGCAGGUCAUACCAGUGAUGCCCGCAGUAAAACAGGAAGUCCCAAGGAAGCAGCAUGUGACCCUCAAGUAUUCCAAAUACCAAGUGUGGCAGAGGAAUGCGGCUCAGCGGCUCCGGAGGGGCGUCCCCGCCAUCCUGAGGGCCAAGAAGUUUCGGAGGCAAGCUGAGGAGAUCAAGGCCCAGGAACAGGCAGUCUUCCACAGGUCCCUGAUCAGCCUGCCCAGCAAACUGCCGCCUGUCUUGCUCACCACGGACAACUAUGUCAACCACAAAUGAGCCCGCAGCCAGCCCUUUGCACAGACAAGAGUUUCGAGGGAAAAAAAAAGACUAGGGGAUUAUAGCUUUGUCUCUGACGUCAUUUCGGUGGCAGUCCUCUUUGACCUCCCCUGCCCUGUCCGAGCCCACCAAUCCCUCCCCCUGCUCUCAUCCACUACUUCUUGACCCCCUGGCCCUUUCAAAUGCCCCCCCUCAACCCCAACCACCCACCCUCCUCCGGCACACAAACAUGCCUUCACAUUCUUCCUGUCUGAACUCUUUCGCUCCCUCUCUCUUUCAGUCACUGACACAAAAGGCACAAACACAAACGAUGAACAAAAAGUUAACAAUUCGGCUGAAUGCAAUUCAGGUGGAUCCUUAAGCAAGAGAGAAAAGGGAAGGGAGAAAAGAAGAUGAAAGAGAUCUGUGGUUUGCAAGUGUCAAGAGGACACCCAGCGGAAUGUUUUUUUGUCUUUGUUGAAGACAACUGAAAGUGAAGAGCAGCUUGCAUGAAAGAAUCCAUUCCACAUCAUUUUUCCUGAGGCAAAAAGAAAAUCUCUGUUAGUUCUUUUUCUUAUUAGUUUGCACCUCUACCUAUAAAGGGACUUCCACACUGUAAGGAAUUAUUUUGUAAAAUUAGAUUCCUGUUCCAGCACCUUUUGAUCACAAACAAAAAGCAGAAAAGAGUCUGCAAAAUUGCACAUUGCCACGGAUUACGUCAAAGUAAAGAAAAAAAAUGGCACUAUUUUUUUAUGAACAAUGAACGUGUAGCUUAAAAAAAUGACAUGGUGCUAACUUUGGGAAUGGACUCAAAGAAGAGGUUGAAAAGCACGUUUUUUUUCUUUGAAUGAAUAUUAAAACUUUCCGUUUUAAGGAAAGUGUGACUUUUGAAAAAAGGAAGAUAAAGGAUAUGGUGGAGCUCCUGGCAGUGGCAAUGUCAAGGGGAAGUGUCACUGAGAAAAGAAAUGGGCUGUAUCGGCAUCUAGGCUCACAGCGAGUGCUCGCGGCUGCUCAUCACUAGCUUGCCAGCGUAAGCGGCAAAUGGGGACCUGAAACCCAGUCCCUGUUCCUCCUGUCCCUGGCAGACACAGGGAGUAGUGGGGGACAUAUGGGACACCGUGGACGCCUGGAUUUGGACAGUACUACAGUUCUGGGACAGAACUUCCUGUUUGCCAUGGUUUUGCAGACUUAUGUCACAGGAAGUAACUUGGAAUGGACAAAGAACAAGUGGGAUAAUGAUGAUUCUAUUUUAUUUUGUCUUUCAUCUGUUUUCUUUUCAUAUCAAUGUUUCAAUGAACAAAAAAAGGAAAACCCCGUCAGUUUCUGGUACCGUGACAUUCCUGUUUUUCAAGUUAGGCUUUUAUUUUUCUUUCUAUGGUUAUUGUUAAUGUUAUUUUACAGUUCUAAAGAAAGGCACAACAUUUCAAUUCAAAGGGAAAAAAACAGCAAUAAUGUCAACUAACAUUUUAUUUUUAUUGUAUAUCAGUAGUAUUCACAUGCUUUUGCCUGAAAACAAAUACUUGAACAUAUAUAUCUAUAUGUAUAUAUACAUCUAUAUACAGCUCCGGAAAAAAAUAAGAGACCACUCCACAUUUUUCUUAAACCUCAAUCUCUACAUGUAUGGCAGUCAUUCUACUGUCUGUUGAAUUCCAACACAGAGAAAUGUUGUCAGUAGUUUAUAGAAUACAAUAAAAAAAAUUGAAAUGAUGUAACUCAAUGACAUACCUAUAUAUAGUAAAGCUGGAGAAGCUGAUAAUGCUGAAGUGGUCUCUUAAGUUUUCUGGAGCUGUAUCUAUAUAUAUUUAUUUAUAUAUAUAUACAUAUACAUAUAUAUAUAUAUGUAUAUAUAUAUAGAUAUAUAUACAUAUAUAUAUAUAUAUAGAUAGAUAUAUAGAUAUAUAAUUAGUUUCCAGGGACGUUGUGUUAUUUUCCUUUAGUCUGAGCUGUAUCUUGCGUAAUGAGCCGCCAAGCUUUUUUGUUUGUUUGUUGAAAUACAAAUAAGGGCACUGUAUAAAGGCAUUAUUUAUUUUGUUAUAAAAUAUAUUUGAAAAUUGGUCCAAAUAAUAUACGUAGCACUGAUGCUCAACUGACGGAUUUAUUUUGUAUGAUCUCUGUUUUCCAAUUGGAGUUGUAAGGCUUUUUUGUAGAUGCUUUGUACCAAAAAUAAUGUCUUUUUUUCCUUUUCCGUUUGCCAUAGAUACUUUAAAUUAAUAUUUUAACAGCAGCAUAGCCUGUAUUGAUUAGGCGUGUUAUGUCACAGGAAUAGGCACAUACUCUGAAUACAUUGGUCUGCAUGGAUUUCCAGAAGCCUGUCAGGGUUUAUCUGUGAAAAAGAAAGCAUUAAUGAGUGACUUUAUUAUUAGACAAAUAACUGUUCAACAUUGAUUGUACUCAAACCCACUAUGUUUUGAAGCCACUUUAGUAUUGAUGGCAUGAGAAUGAUCAGUCCUUCAUUAAAUCAUGUGUUUUUAAUUGUACAUGGUGUCCUAUGAUCUUCUAAAGAGCAUCAUGCCUACGUGCCAGUGCCACUGAUGUUUUCGCGUGUUGAUUUGGGUCAUGAGGCUGUAACUGUCCGGUCGGUUGUAGAUUUUAGUGUUAAGCUUACAUGUGACUUACACAAGUCAUUGUGUUGAUGCCUUAAUUGGAGGUAAUGACGUUGCUAUGAUGCUAGUAAUCAUCAAAGGUCACCAAAAGAGCGUAUCACCUGUCUAAACCUCACUGUCUGUCUGUCUGUCUGUCUGUCUGUCUGUCUGUCUGUCUGUCUGUCUGUCUGUCUGUCUGUCUGUCUGUCUGUCUGUCUGUCUGUCUGUCUGUCUGUCUGUCUGUCUGUCUGUCUGUCUGUCUGUCUGUCUGUCUGUCUGUCCUUCAAUUCAUCUAUCUGUCUUCUUUCUUCUCUAUUUGUAAAAGACAAUGGCCCUUAUCGUACGCAUCAACAGUAUGUAUUGCAUGGCGAGGGGUAGCAGAGUUGUUAGCCUACCAUUGACCCCUCCACAAUCAUCCAAUAACCCAUCCAUUAUGCAUUUGAUGAAGGGCUAUCACAUUUAACCAUUUCUGAAGCACUCAGGAUACAAAAACUAAACAAUCUAUGCUCUCCGAGGGAGAAGUGCAGUAGUUGCUGAGUGUCAGUGAUAAUCUUGUUGUGAAAGAGCAGCUGAGGUUGUUGCCCUUACCUGGCCACAAUGAUUUAGCUCUUUGUGAAAAAACCACUGAAGCCCAUGUCAGAAACAAGGUCAUUCUGUGCCACAAUAUAGUUUUCCUCCGCUGUUGUGCAUGCAUCAUGGUGAAGAGUCAAGCCAAUACUUUAAAUCUUCUUUCUGUCAGAGAGAUCUCAAUUAUCAAGGCUGCGUCCUGUCUCUAAUUAUAUUCUACUUCAGUUGUGCAACAAAGCAGGCAGUGCAAUUAUUAUUAUUAUUAAAUUGUUAUUAUUAUUGAUAAAAUUAUUUUAUUUUCUAUUUUAUUUCAUAUUUUCCUGCUAGGACUGCAUUCAUUCACUAUUGUAAUGUUCAAACAGGCUACUCUAGUGUUCUUAUUAAUGGCGUGAAGACAACUACUUCUUUUCGCUGAAUAUGAAGAGAUACCUUGCCGAGCAAUGGCAACUUUUUCUGUGUCAGUAGCUCACUCAGCCUGUGUGUAUUUUAUUGAUUUAACCUCUGCACGCUAGAACGUCCGAAAUGCACAAUUCAUGUACUUUCAUUUUUAAUAUCAAUAAAAAAACAUUUUAUCAAACAUAUAA